CCUGGCGGUGCUUUCCGACGUCCGCCCAAAUAUCCGAGGACAUGGCACUCCGAUGAUGGAAUUUGUUAUCUGCUUUUGUAUGGUUAGAAAGAAGUCUAGAAGAAAACGGCUACAUCUAUUCGAUCCACGAUGCUGGCUGAUGAUACUCUUCGUGCUUUUACUGUGCGCAUGGCAGCUUUCCGACGCCCAAAGGACGUUAUGCGGUGAUACUGAGUGCUGGCACGGGAACUGCACGGGGGACGGACGUUGUUUAUGUUACCCUGGCUGGCAGGGUCCUGGGUGUCAACGGUGUGGUGGUCGAGUGAGGGUGACAGAGCCAAAUGGUGUAAUUACCAAUGGGAUAGGAAACUACAGCAAGGAUAUGAAGUGUACAUGGCUCAUUGAAAGUGGCAUCCAUAAUGCCACUAUUAGGUUCGAGUUUACACAUUUUGAGACUGAGUGUGGCUGGGACCAUCUGUAUGUGUAUGAUGGCGACUCCAUGUUUGCUCCCAUGGUGGCAGCAUACAGUGGCCUCCUCUUGUCAAAAGGAAGCUCUACAAAGCUUCCAGAAAUCGUCACUCAUUCUGGGAGUGCCUUUGUUCAUUUUUACAGUGACGCUGUAUAUAAUAUGAGUGGAUUUAACUUAACCUACAGCGUCAAUGGGUGCUCGCACAACUGUUCCUCCCAUGGUGAUUGUGUGGAUGGUGUGUGCCAGUGCUUGCAAGGCUGGACAGGAAGUGACUGUGGCACCCAAGUGUGUCCCCAAGAUUGUAACAAUGGUUCCUGUGACAAGGAGGAGAAGCGUUGCAUCUGUGACCCAUUUUUUAAAGGUGAAGACUGCAGCAUUGCUGAGGGUGCUCCACUGUAUGAAGCUCAGUCUGCUACUGGUUGGGUGCGCGGCCGGGCUAUGCACCAGGCACUUGUCUUAGGUGAUGCCAUGUGGGUCCUUGGCGGUGAAAGCCUCACAGAACUGGACCAGCAGAUUGCCAAGUACGACUUCCUCUCGCGAAAGUGGCAUACAGUGAAGCCAACCACUACCAGUGCACCAGCCAAUCGCUACGGCCAUUCAGUAGUAACAUACAGGGGUAAAUUAUAUUUGUUUGGUGGCACAUUGCGUGAUGGCCGCACAUCAAAUGACCUAUGGCGCUGGGAUCCUGAGGAACUGCGAUGGGCACAGCUUUCACCACAUCAGCCCGAGUGCCAGAAUGAACUUUGCCCACCACUGACAGCAUCAGGUCAUACUGCUGCCAUUGUGGACAACACAAUGGUGGUCAUCUUUGGACAUAACCCCGACUAUGGAUACCUCAACGUUGUGCAGGAGUAUACCUUUGGUACCAACAAAUGGGAGAUUGUGCAAGUGAAGGGAGCCAUUGUGAAAGGUGGCUAUGGUCACUCAAGUGUUUAUGAUCCUGGCAGACGCCAGAUCUUGGUGUUUGGAGGUUACCACUCACAGACAACCACAGGUGUUGUUGUGGAUUACCUCUACUCCUACCAGCCCCAUGACCGUACCUGGACACUCUUGGCCCCUAGUGCCUCUCAUCGCUACCUGCACAGUGCAGUACUACUGCAUCGAAUGAUGCUCGUAUUUGGUGGCAACACCCACAAUGACACAGCCUUUAGCACGGGUGACAAGUGCUUCUCCGCCGACCUUCUUGCCUAUGACAUAGAGUGUGACUCAUGGCAUACACUGUCUGUGCCUUCGUCAUCCUACCUCCAGCUAGAGCGUUUUGGACAUUCUGCGGUGGUCUACAACGAGUCAAUGUAUAUUUUCGGUGGUUUUAAUGGCCAGAUGCUGACAAGUAUUGUAAAGUAUACACCAGGGUCAUGUCGAAGCUUCUCUACCCCCGAAAAGUGCAUUACAUCAGCAACUGGCAUCAAGUGUGCUUGGAAUCCAGACAAAAAGGCCUGCCAGGCAUUUCAUCUCUUCAAUGCGACCAAGGGAAUCCACACAUGUCCCCGAAAGUCAGCGGCCAACCUGACUGUGCUUUGCGAAAAGCAGACUUCAUGUCCAAGCUGUCUGCAGAAUAACUAUGGCUGUGUGUGGUGUGGCACCAUAUGUGCUCACAAGCGCUGCCCUAAAGGAUCUAAGGGCUUGGCCGAUGCAAGAGAGAACCAGACUGAUGUUGAACAAUGCCAGCAGUCGGAAAGCAGCAAUUGCGACAAGCUUCAUAAUUGCCAUGCUUGCCACACAGAAUUUCACUGUGGCUGGCAGAAUGAUCAUCGUUGCUACACGUUUGUUCGCGACUCUGGUAACAAGACGGAGAAGGCAGUGCUGUCGGACAACUAUAGAGUCAAGUGUGACAACUCGUGCAGUUCACGUACAACAUGCAAGGCUUGCCUGUUGGGCAGUUGUAUGUGGUGCAUCAGCCAGCAGCGAUGCCUUGAGACAAAUGCAUAUGCUGCCACCUUUCCUCUGGCCCAGUGCACUGAGUGGACCACUACCAAAUGCUCAGCCUUGUCAUGUGAGGACUUCCAGACAUGUAGUGCCUGUCAGGAGCAUGAGCGGUGUGGCUGGUGUGACGAUGGCAGCAAUACAGGCAAGGGCCAGUGCCUGGAGGGUUCAGCCUCAGGACCUUUGUCCCCUAUGGGUUCGGUGUACCGACUCAAUAGCAGCCUCUGCCCGGCCCCAAAUUGGUACUUCACUGACUGCCCCAAAUGCCAGUGCAAUGGACACAGCACUUGCAAUGGCUCAUCUGAGUGCCUUCAGUCCUGUCAGCACCGCACUGAAGGACCACACUGUGAGCACUGCAUUGCUGGCUACCAUGGCAAUCCUGCCAAUGGUGGUAACUGCACUCCAUGUUUCUGCAACAACCAUGGUACUUUUUGCCAUCGAGAGACAGGCAAAUGCAACUGCACCACCAAGGGUAUCAUUGGUCCUAACUGUGAUAGAUGCGAUGAGCAAAAUCAUUACGUGGGCAGCCCCCAGGAGGAAGGUGGCACUUGUUUUUAUAAUCUCAGUAUUGAUUUUCAGUACACAUUCAACCUGUCCUCUGAGGACUACUAUCGCAACAUCAAUUUUAUGAAUGUGCCAAUAAAGGUCGGCAACGAUGUAGAAUUCACCAUCUCUUGCUCUGGAAAGGCUUAUGUCAACAUCUCCAUUGGAUCAGGAGGCCAGCCACCAUCACGUGCUGAUGGUGAUGCAGAGCCUGCCCUGUUGGAUAGCCGCAAGUGUGACAACAUCAAGCUACCAUUCUACGAUGAGAAGCACAACUUUGGCUCGCAAAACACCACUUUUUUUGUAUAUGUGUUCAACUUCACCACUCCAUUUGUGCUCCAAAUCUCUUUCUCUCAGCACCGGGCACUCGACCUGCUCCAGUUCUUCAUCACGUUUUCAAGCUGUUUUCUCUCGCUGCUAAUUAUAGCAGCCAUCCUGUGGAAGAUCAAGCAGAAGUACGACCUUUACAGAAGGCGACAGCAACUGUUUGUGGAAAUGGAACAAAUGGCGAGUCGUCCUUUUGCUGGGGUCACGCUCGAGUUGGACGGUGAGCCGGAUGGGUCGAGCAAGCAGUUUCAAGACGGUAUGAAGCAGGGACACCCCACGCCUGUGGCGCUCGAGCCAUGUGCCAGUGGCAAGGCAGCUGUGCUGACGCUAAUUGUGCGCAUGCCAACGGGGGGUCAGGAGCACACAGCCACAGGCCAGUCAGGCCUGGCCAUUGCCAGUGCCUUGGUCUCACUGGGGACCCUCUGCAAGAGCGACACCAUCAAAGAGGAUGGCAAAUCGGACUGCUGGAAGCCCUCAUCCCACCCAGGGACCUGCAUAUAAGUUGUCGGCCACUGUGAUAAUUGCUCAGUGUGUCACCUUUCGGUGGGUGGCACCACCUUUAUACGGGGCACCAGCCAAGCUCCUUUGCCACUGCACGCUCUCGACAUUUCGCCAGCAGCGGCUGCAAGACAUGCUGCUGUGAAUUGUGAUUGACCCUGCGCUUUAUUGAACUGGCCUCCAUGCUUUUCUCUUCCUUGAGCAGUGGCUACUACUAUGCCCAGCAUGCACAUAUCGAGGCUGUUUGUUUUGGCUUGCAGCAACUAUAUAAUAGUUGGGGCUGCAGCUGCAGGGAAAAAGCUUUGGAUUUGAAACUGGUUUAGGAAAGGAUAAUUACUUUUUAAUCUAACAUGGAGAGGUGAGGUGAUCGUUGAGAAAUAUGCAAAAUAAAAUCAUUCCUUGUUUACGCAGCAAUUGACAGUGCAACAUUCUUGUUGUGAAGGUGCACAGAGAAUCAAGUGAUUAUCACUGGCCCAGAUACACUGCAUUCCUUUUGUGUAUGUGUUUGUAUGCCUAUUUUAAGGGCCUCUAAACAUAAUUUCAAUAAGUGCAGUGGGUAUGUAAUAGUCAACUUGGCCAGAUAUGUUACUAUCGCAAGAAGUGCAUAUAUGAAUGUGAAGUACAGUGGAACGUAGAUAAUGUGUCGCCUAUUUAUGUGAUGGCCCGCAUUUCAUAUGAACCAGCUAGGGCCCAUUAGCAGCACGUGCAUCAAAGGUCUGUUUUGCAUGACACCAGGUCAUACGUGAAAUGCCUCCUGUGAAGGCUUGUGUGGUAAUUACUGCAAAACUAAAGUUGCUUGGCAGGCAUAUGGGUCAGGCUACAGAGGUCUCCACAAACACCCUGAGGACAGCGUUCUGAAGGGAAUGACUAACAAAAGGCGCACGUUGAGCAGCGUUGUGUGACAAUCGUGAAGCAUAGACACACACCUGACAGGGCCCCUGUGGAAAAACAUGCCGAGAUGUGUGCCCAUUUUAAAGCUCACUUUUCCUCAGUACUUCUGCCUUUCGUAAGGAGACUUGUUUGUGAGGUACGGUAUUCUUUGGCUGGCGUAUGCUGGAAUUUAGGCCUAAUGUUAUAACAAGUAAUAGAACAUCGCUGCAGCAUGAGUGUGAUUAUUUCAUUUUUGUGCGCACGUUGUUGCCUUGACACCUAUGAAACUCGUUUUUAUCAGAUGCCAGCUUUGUUGAGUAGUUAUAAGAGAUAGCAAUAUGGGCACACGUUUCAGUAGCCAUAGACGUGUCAUGCUUCUAUAUGGGGAAACAUACUCAGUGUAUUCUUUGUGGAUUGUGUAAAGAAAGUUGUUUGUGCAAUGCAUAUUUUGGGCACCAUGUAGCUGCACUUUUGUGUGGCCCACAUGGCCAAUAAAUUUGGGAAUCAUGAGUAGUACAUAGAUUUUUCGGUAAUUUGGGAAGGAUAUUGAGAAGCACAUUGCUGCAGCUUCUUUGUUUUUCUUUGUGGUUCAACUGUGUUGCAUGCUAGCCUCACAUUUUUUUUUAAAGAAGUUACAUGGGGACAUGAGUCUUGGAAACAAAAAAAAUUACGAUAUUUAUUUUUUGCUUCUUAUUCUAUUUUAUACAUAUCAUAGCGCACCUGCUGGCAAAAAACUAGCUUGAAACAACAUGUCGAGUGAGAAAACGCUGUAUUUAUACCUCAAAAUUCUCGGUUUCACCCAUGAAAGUGCUCAAAUGACCCAUUUUGUGCUGUUUGUCAUUCCAAAACCAUUUAUCGGAGUCUGGCCCUCUUGGUUUCGUUUGAAAGAGCAUCUUUCCAGCUUGCUUUCUUGUCAAAAAUUAUUCUUCAGUGCUGCAUCAGAAGAAAGCUACCUGGUUUUGAAGCUUAAUAUUUAUAUUUUUACACUCUAUUAAAUAGGUUUUUCUUUUGCAUUUUUCUUAAAAGUUAUUUCCGAGUCAUAAAUUUUGGCAGUAGCACUGUCGCUCUGCUGCUCAUUUAGUUCUCCUCUUCCUUUUCCUUUUGACCUCCUUGAAAGCUUGAGAGUCUUAAGUGCAGAACCACUCUGAUCUAGUGUUUUAGGACAUGGUAACAUUUUAAAAUCUUGUAGAAAUCACCAACAAAAAUUCACACCUGUGAUGUCGCGACUUUAGAAUUUCAUAACUUUGUCUAAAAUAUAGAUAUGAGCUUUGAAAUGCCAAGUUGCACAUCUUGCUGCACUUUAGCUCUCUUGCUGCUGGACAUUUUUUUGCAACUGACCUCCCGUAUCUAACUCAAAAUUUUUUUCAACAUUUUAUAAGAUUUACUUAGAAAAAAUGUAAUAGCAUACUUGCUGUCAGCACACAAGAUUUGAAUAUUUGCUAAAAAUUUCAGGUGUCUACAGUAAAUAAGAUACUUUUUCCAGAAUCCAUGUCCCCCCUUAAGUGUUUAUUACAUUCACAAUUUGUUCAUUUCAUUAAUGAAUUACAGUGCAUAAAUGUCACCACAUCUACAAGUGUGCAUAUCACUAGAUUCAAAUGGCAUUUGGUGGCUUCAACAUUCCCCAUAUGUAACUACAGUUAAGCCUCGAUAUAACGAAGUUGUUAAAAGCGGGAAUUCGCUUCGUUAUAUCGAAAUUUUGUUGUAUUGAAAUUCGGCCUUUUAUGGAAUUAAGUACAGUCACCCGCCGUGGUUGCUCAGUGGCUGUGGUGUUGGGCUGCUGAGCACGAGGCCGUGGGAUCGAGUCCCGGCCAUGGCGGCUGCAUUUCGAUAGGGGCGAAAUGCAAAAACGCCCAUGUACUUAGAUUUAAGUGCACGUUAAAGAACGUCAGGUGGUCGAAAUUUCCGGAGUCCUCCACUAUGGCAUGCCUCAUAAUGAGAAAGUGGUUUUGGCACGUGAAACCCCAUAAUUAAUUGAACUAAGUACAGUCGCCGAUAAAUUGUUCUUACACGGAAAGGGGCCGCAGAAUUUUUUGAAUUAUCGGGCAAUUGAAACAGGCAAAUUUUAAUUCAGAAAACAAUUCAUUUUGAUAAAUUUGGAAGCCGGUGACGAUUGAUACUGUAUCAUGCCAUGUAUGUCGACGAUAUCUUUAGAUCGGCGGUACAAAUUAAGUGAAACCAGCCACACUUUCGCGUGCAUUCCACCCCCGUGGCUCAUAGCACCGCCAGCAGGGAGCGAAUGCUUUGCCUGCCUCUUGCUUUAACGGGUCACCGAAACUCAAGAGUACGCAAUCUCCGAUACUAAACAUGUGGGAAGACAGCUUAUAAGGUGCCACGACCUCUCGGCAGGCCCACUCAUUGCACAUGUGGCAGAUUACCUCUAAUAAAGCAGAGUGUGUGGCUGCGUAUGCGCUCAGCCGCACUUACAGCCUUGCACUUCCACGGCCGAGACGCAUGCCAACUCACCCACCCACUCCGCCCCUUCGCACGAGCUUGAUCGCAUUACCACAAGCUCGCUCACCGACCCCUCCUUCUCUUUGCUCGCGCGGGAAGGUGGCACUUGUGAAGCCACCGUCUUGUCUCACUUUCACACACUUUCACUCACACCUAAAGCACACAGUGCGCAGGGUGGGAUAGGAUCUUAUCGCACUUGGACAUGAUGCGGCUUCACUUCCGCGGUUGCUCUUGUCACGCAGCGUGCAAUUUAACAGGUGUGUUUGCAGGCAGUCUUUUGUAAUUCAAGCAUUUGACCAUCUGCAUCCACGGAAGUUUCUAUUUAUUGUCUCGGCAUUCCCUUGCGGCGGCAGUGAAAUUUCCUUAUAUUAAAAUCGCAUACAAACACUUCGUUAUAUUGAGGCUCUAAGUACAUGGUGUUCUAUGGACGGGAGGUUAUGAAAAGUUAACUGUUUCGUUAUAUCGAGAGCUUGUUAUAUUGAAGUUCGUUAUAUCGAGGUUUAACUGUAUCCCUUUCGGCGCAACUGUUUCUGUCUCGCCACAUUCCUUUUGACAUUCCUUUUGUCAGCAAGGAAUGUGAUGACUGCACCAAGAGAGCGUUUGCCAUUUUCCGUUUCAUUUUAGAGUGCAACUCUUAACAGCCAGUUUCUGUGGUAAGGGUCGCUGUAACCGAGUUAAAGAUGAAAGCAAACGUGGAGUGCAAUGCAGGGGCGGGCGUGCUAAAGGAGGCAAGCGGAGAAGAGGGUGCAGUGCAAUCAGGAGGCGGAAAGCCGAGGAGCGUAUGACAGAAGGUGAGGUGGAAAGCGGAGUGCCAGCACGACCAAGCAUGCGGCCAGUGUGGAAACAAAGUGCUGGCAUGAGCUUCAGACCCACUGCAAUGCACUACUUUGCCUGCGGCGCUGCUGCCACUAGAGAAUUCGCUCUGUGUAUGCCACGCGUUCCCGUAUUCAUGCUUUCUUUCUGAACAAUGAGCGACACAACCAGUGGAAAUGCUUCGUCUGCUGCUGCUGCUUCUGCUGCUAAAUGAGCUGCUCGAGCAGAGGCUCCGCGCCGCCACCGAGAGAACCUUGUCCUUCAGAAUCAAAUUCUUUGCCUUAAGAUACCACGAAUUCAAAACACCUAAACAGCUGCGCUCAAAAUUCGCAUUAGGUAAUAUUACAAUCUUAGGUGAAAUUUUUUUAGCUUCUGCACAACCAAAAAUGAACCGUUGUGUUCGUUUUAUGAUAUCCGAGAAAAAAAACUUUCGCUGGGGUUGCACCACGUCCAAAAAAACCCAACACUGAAAGCGUUAUUAGGCACAAUCAAACUGUGACAUUUUCUAAUCAAAUUGAGUGAGACUACUUGAGAAAAAUGACCUUUGAAUAUACAAUAUUUUCACUUUAUAGGGGAAGUAAAAUGUAAAGAAGCAUGGAGUUUGUUUGGAAGGCUUAUUUUACAUUGUUUGAUACACGUAAUGGUGUUAACAACUAAAUUCCAGGUGAACUAAGAAGCUUGUAAAUAAGGGAGAACUGAAAACUGAUUGUGUCUGACUCACCGUCACAAUGACAGUUAUGAAACAAAUUAAGAACACUGCACUUUAACAUGCUCAUUGAAGGAGCUGAAUGCUCCACCACCACACAUUGUUUUGAAAGACUCCAAACUUGGUAUCGGCCAAAUAAUAAAUUGCUCUGUCUAAAUUGAGACAGAUUUGCAGGCUGCUUAUGCAUGCGACGCGUGGAGAAGCUAUCUCCUCUGUGCGUGUUCUCAAGAACUGGCAUAUCUGAGCAACAACUGCAGUUUUCCUGCGCCAAAAUUAUUAAGAAAGGUCUAAAGCUGCAUUGGCCUUUCUCGCUAUAGACUUCAACUGUUGUCCUUUAAGUGUUUGACUACAGAUGACUAUUCAACAACUUCGAAAAGGAAAUUCUCGAAUGGAAUACAAAUGAAAUAGCAAAAGCUGUUCGAUUCAUAUUUGCAGCUUAGAAUAUUUGUAAACCUCUAGCAAUUAUUUCUUAUAUUCUAAAUAAUUGUUUUUGGCUACAACGUGCUGAAGACCAUCGAACGGUAAAACUUAUAUACUAAAUGAGACUAGUUAUUGGUGUGCACUAUACAACGUAUUUGUGAAAAAAAGAUGUUUGUGCUUUAAGAAGGUUGAUGAUCCACAAUGUUGUUAAAACUUUGAAAGGUGAAAUUUACUUUCACAUCAUUCUCUUGCUGGUUGGAGGCCAUCGUGAUGUUUUUGUACUUGCUGCCUGCAGUAAAAAGAAAAAAAAAUAUUCUUGACAUGCAUUGUGCUUUGAAAAUUUCACUCCAAUAGCCCAUUUCUCUCUCUCUUUUAAUCACUAGGCUUAAACAUUGUAACACUACAUCCUAUUUUUUCCAUUGCCCAUGUUGCUGAUGGGCUUAAGAGUAGGAUGCUAAAGAAUGUGUUCUAUGUGGACAUUAUCCCAGGACAACGGAUUAACCAGUGCUAUGUUUCGCUUGAUAGCUGCUUUCCUACAACUGCAGGCAUAGUUUUUAUCUGGAAAGAUACAUGAAAAUAAUGACGUCUGUCUCAGUUACUCUCCCUUUCUUUGCUUUAAGCAUGAUCCCUGGUUCAUGUGCAAUGCAAAAUGCUCAAAGACUUUGUUAAAUGAAAAAUACUGUUAAAAUCAAUUAAUUUACUUAAUUGCAGUAAAGUAUAUUUAAUCAUUAAUGUAGCUAAAAUUGAUAUUUUUUAAUUGGUUAAGUUGCUAAUCGUGUUUGUCUAAGCAAGGUUUAACUUUAUAAUUUAACCUCAUAGCAUUGAACCUUAAAUUUUAUAGUAUAAUUGAAGGUUCCACUGUAUCACGUAUGCUUCUUACGAUAGCACCCAUCUGUCUUGUCAACCAUUGGCCAAGUGGCUAAAAUUGCCCAAUAUAGCAGUGUUUUCAGUGAGCACAAUAAUGUAGGGUAAUAGUGCCAUAGUAUUUUUAUGGCACUAAGUACUGUGAAGUUUUGAUAACGCAUGGCAAAAGCAUUUAUGGGCCUUUUAAUAUUUAGGGGUCAUGAAUUUGUGCAGAGAACUUGCACAAAUUGACUCUUUCACAAAAGCAUUUUACUGCCACCAUCUUGAGCUGUUUAUGUUGCCAUUUUCUAUAUGUAAUAAACAAACAAUUUGCAUAAAAAUUUUUUGUGCACAUAUUUGGUGUUUCAUGACCAUGUUAAGUUGAUGUCACUGUACAGAAAACUGAAAGAUUGUUUGUGUAACAGCCCAAGAUGGUGGCACCCUUGUCUGUAUCUCUUCAGUGCCUUCAUAUGUGAAAGUUUUGUUUGUCAAAAACUGCUGACUUAAUGACUUAAGCACACAAAAAAUCACCUUGUAUUCCACGUCAUUGUGUAUUUCAUAUCAAAUCACACAGUUGGUCUUUGUCAUUGAUUUCAGUGUUUGGGUCUGGGGCCAUUGAUUAAUAUAUGUGCACAUUUUCCAUGCUACAUUAUUUCAAAUUUUAAUCCAGCGACGCUAAACAUCAGCAAACCAUUGUUUGGAACAGUUUCUGCAGCCAUAACAAACAGCCCAAUAUUUUGCAAAUGCCUGCACAUAUUGAGAGUUUGUGCAUGUGGUAGCUAGUUUGGCCACUGUAGUGCAGGACACAUCACCUUGCUGGGCAGGAGGGCAGCCAGAACAAGCACCCCCUGCUUCCUGCCCAGUGUGUUAGGAAAGUGUUUGAGUAUAUGUUCUGGCAGGGUGGAGAGAUGGACACAGAAUGGAUCUCUAGGUGCUACUUGCUUUCUAGCCCGGUUUUACUUUUCGGUUUUCGCCUCCCAGUCUUAUUGAUUGGCCCUGUCCGCACAAUGAUUUAUUGCAGGGGACAUAUCAGUGCAACUGUGUCGUCAGGCUAAGGGUUUGUAGCAACAUGCAAUUGUGUGCCACAAGAUUUUGAUGCUGUAGCUUUGUUCUUGUGAAUGUGUCAUCUUAAAGGAGUUGUGUAUUUAUUUUGGAGUUUACUUUGCAAUAUACUAAGAGCCUGCUGUUUAUAUUUUCUACCUUUACACUCUGUUUUUGAUUAGCUUUUUUAUUGUCUUGAUUUAUGUUUUUCCUAAUGGUGUUCGCAUGCAGAAGGGAGCCUUUUUUGGCACUUUCACCAGCGUCCCCAAAAACGUUGCACUCAUCUGACUUUCCCUUAUAACCCACUCCCUUUGCUCUUUCUUUUCUUCUUCUUUUCAGAACAAACUGCCCUCUUUUUAAAAGGGCCUAUUUAUUUGUAUAUCUUGCACAGUGCUUCUGCGUAAUAUUGUUGCCUGAUGGUGUGCUUGCGCCUCUUCCGCCUACAUCUGGGUUUAGCUUGGAGAUGGGGGAUGUCAGCAUUUGUUAGACAAGUGGUGUGAGCUAUUUGGUGGGUGAAUUGUUGCUGUAGUUGGCCGCAACAGCCUUUGUAAUGGUUGAGAACUGGCUGAAGAAAUCAUUACAUGCGAAAAACAGUGUCUUGGAAAUAGAAUUUGGGAUCUCAUAUAUGCAAAAUGAUCACUUUGCAGUGCUCUUAUUUCAGGUGCAUGCUUGAAAAAUCUUUCAUUUCCUGCACUGACACCAUCAUAAUGUCGUCUUCCUCAUCAACUAGACUCUUGUACUAUGUACGCAGGCGUUAUUGUACUUAUGUUCAAAGGAGCAUGGUAAUAUUAAAAAUAGCACUUUUAUUUC